UGACAGCAUUCCGGCAUGACCAGCAUAGGAACGGGCUAUGACCUGAGCUCAUCGACUUAUUCACCCGACGGUCGCAUCUUUCAGAUCGAAUAUGCAGCAAAGGCGGUCGAGAAUGCUGGCACAGCGCUAGGCCUGCGAGUCAAGGAUGGCAUCGUGCUCGCCGUCGAGAAGCUCGUACAAAGCAAGCUGCUCGUGCCUGGCGCAAACCGACGCAUCGCGAGCGUAGACGACACUGCAGGUCUCGCAACCGCUGGACUGCUCGCUGACGGCAGACAUCUCGCAAAUCGGGCAAGAGAGGAAGCAGACAAUUAUCGAGACACUUACCGCACCGCCAUACCGACGAAAACUCUAGCAGAGAGGCUAGCGAUGUACUGUCAAGCCUACACGCUUUACUCGUCAGUCCGCCCUUUCGGUCUUUCCUCAAUCGUCGGCGGCAUCGAUGACAAAUCAGGCGAGCCAAAUUUGUUCAUGAUCGAGCCAUCUGGCGUCUUUUGGGGCUAUCGUGGCUGUGCUGUCGGUAAAGGACGUCAGCUGGCAAAGACAGAGAUUGAGAAGCUCAAGCUAGAGGAGCUCACUGCACGCGAGGCUGUUUUCGAAGCUGCGAGGAUAAUCUACUCUGUGCACGACGAAGCAAAAGACAAGUCAUUCGAACUCGAGUUGACGUGGAUCUCCAAGACAGAGACAAACGGCAAACAUAUGCCAGUGCCUCGAGAUCUUCAGCAAGAAGCAGAGAGAGGGGCAAAGGAAGCGCUAGAUGCUGCAAUGGACGAUGACUAA